AUGAGGCCGGUCUUCGUGGGGAACCUGGACUAUGACACCCGCCACUCGGAGCUCGACCGCCUCUUCUACCGCUACGGCAGGGUCGAGCGCAUCGACAUGAAGUCAGGCUUUGCUUUUGUCUACUUUGAGGAUGAACGUGAUGGCAAUGAUGCCAUACGGGCUCUUGAUGGUUAUCCAUUUGGCCCUGGCAGACGCAGGCUUUCAGUAGAGUGGUCACGGGGUGAUCGAGCUGCUAGACAUGAUGGUAACAAACCAGAAGCAAAUACUAAGCCAACUAGGACAUUGUUUGUCAUUAACUUUGAUCCAAUCAACACAAGAGUCAGUGAUAUUGAAAGGCACUUCGCACCAUUUGGGAACUUAUCAAGUGUUCGGAUAAGGAAGAACUUUGCUUUUGUCCAGUUUGAAACACUGGAAGAAGCCAGAAAGGCUCUUGAUGCUACUCAUGCUACCACGCUUUUGGACAGGGUGAUUUCUGUUGAGUACGCCUUUAGGGAUGAUGAUGAACGGAGUGAUAGGUAUGACAGCCCAAGAAGAGGUGGUGGCUAUGGUAGGCGGGGUGAUAGCCCAGUGUACAGGUCACGUCCUAGUCCAGACUAUGGUCGCCCAGCAAGUCCUGUAUAUGGUUCAUAUGACAGAAGUCCUGUUCGUGAUCGCUAUCGGAGAUCUCCUGCUUAUCGAUCAAGAUCCCCACGUGUGAACCGAAGAGCAUAUGACUAA